GUCACAUUGGAUAAAAGAAAAACAGAGAAAGACCGAAAUUAGCGGGAAGUGCAGAAAAAUCGCCAAAAUUUUCACGCGCAACUAUUAAGAACCAAAAACAGCCUCACCAUUGAUCAAUUCCUGCAACUGCAAGAGCGGAUCCGUAACUUCGAGGGAAUGCUUGGCGGCGGCAGCGGGGAGCGUUUGUGCACGCCAAGCACUUCGGCCGGCCCCUUCCGCAUCUUCUCUGUGGCCGGAUUCCAAAACAGGGCCAAUGACAUCGUCUACUGCCCGCCAAUUGUGCGCCAGCAGCAGUCGCAGCAUGUGCCGGAGGACUCCACGGCCAUUAUCUACUUCGGCGGCGACGUUCAGGAUUUUCCGGAGAGCAUGGAGACGAAUCGCGACAGCAGGGGCUACAUGAAGUACAAUCUCGAGAAUUCGGCCAUUCUGUUGCGCGAGGCUUUCCCCAGGUCCCACAUCAUCGUCAUUCGGCCGGUUCGCAUGGAGUUCAAGACAUUUAGCUGCUUCGAUAAUUUCGUGAGAGGAAACAAUGCUGGAGUCCCAGAUCACACUCCCAUGAACCAUGCCCUCCAGCAUCUGGAAAAAUUAUUGCAGAAUCUGUCGCAGCGCUUGAUCUCCAUACCCGAGAACGAGAUCCUUGAUCAGGCCGCACAGGCGGCGGCUGCAGCGGCGGCAGUGGCUGCUGCAGCUGCGGCCGCUGCCCUAACGCUAUCUAAUGCCACCGUCACCUCGGAGUCCAACUCGCAGUCGGCGCCCGCCUCCAACGACAGCAGUCAGGAAAUGGAUAUAGACAUACUGCAGGUGCAGGAAAAUGUGACCGUGGAUGCAGACGGGGCUGUCAUAUUCCCUAUUGUUGGCAGCGAAGUGGCAGAGACAGUCAAUAAUGUCACUGGAAAUAAUGGAAACAUUGGCGGCAGCAACGAGGCCAAUACGAACAACCAUCAGGAGGAGCAGGCGAACAAUCAGAUCCAGCAAACGCAACAGGCGGCUGCCAUCAAGUUGACUUCUGCCACCAACAACGUCGAGCACUACAAUAAUGACUGUGCCACGAGGCAGGUUCCUGCAGUAAAUGCAACUGCAGCGUCUGCGACGGCAACAACCACAUCAACAGCAACAGCGGCGGCAACCAGCGACAGCAAUCCACUUUGGUGGCGCGAGAACCUUAACCUGGACAAGUCCAAGCUGGUGCUGAUUGGCUUCAGCAAGGGCUGCGUCGUGCUCAAUCAAUUCAUCUACGAGUUCCAUUAUUUAAAAACCCUCACGCCCGACGACAGCAGCAUGUGCCGCUUGCUUUCCCGCAUAUCGGACAUGUAUUGGCUGGAUGGCGGUCAUGGAGGUCAGAAGAAUACAUGGAUCACAUCACGUAGCUUAUUGGAGACGCUAACGCGCAUGGGUAUGAACAUCCACGUCCACCUGACGCCCUAUCAGGUGCAGGACGAUCGACGGCCCUGGAUCCGCAAGGAGGAGAAGCUGUUCACGGAGAUGCUGAGGCGGCUGAAUGCGCCGAUCACCCGGCACCUGCACUAUGACAACCAACCGGCCAACCUUAUGACCCACUUUGAGGUGUUGCAGGCCUUUUGCCAGCACGUCCAUGCCCUAAACCAGCAGCAGCAGCAGCUUCAGCAACAACAACAACAGCAGGGAGUGGGGAUAAGCGACCAGUCGGCAGUGGCUACCAACAACGGCGGGACCAACAACAGUCUACUAGAAAGCGGCGAGGAGGGAACUGCCGCCCUGAAGCGCCAACAGGUGGCCCAGCUGCGUCAGCAUCAUCAACAGCUGCUGGCUGCCGCACCGGAGCUAGCAUUAGCCUCCUCAUCGCGCCUGGCCGCGGCCCUGAUCUCGUCGGCGGUGGCCCUGAGCAGCGCCUCCUCAUCCGCCGCCGGGAGCAUUGUAAAUAAUCAUCAUCACAGCCAUAUGCAACAACAGCAGCAGGAGCAGCUGCCUCAGCCACCGCAGACACGCCAUCAUCAGCAUCACCAGCACUCCCACAGGCAUCACCACCACCACCACUCGCACCACCAUUCGCAUCACCACUCUCACCAUCAGUGUCGCUCGAAACGCAAACUGCAGAAACUGUAUUAUACGCUUUGCCGUUAGAUCUGUAACUUAACUUUAUCGAAUGUAUACUUGUACGAGAGACAGUUUCUUAGAACCACCAUUAGCAAGCACCUAACUUUUCCCAGUCAAUUCCAAAGUGUCGUUUGUAUGUCUAUUUUUUGUGUAUAUGUAUUUAUUUAUUCCCAUUUUUUUCUACUCUUACAUCACGUCAUUUUCGUAAUUAUUGGUCCUAAAAGUGAAGAAAAAAUCUCAUCAGUGCAAUAAUGUAGGUAGAUACGUCUACAAGUAUAUAUAUAUUUAUACAAAUAUGUAUGUGUAUAUGCUGAUUUUAAAAUCAUCUCUAUGUAUACAAACACUCCAAGCUAAUUUAUUUGUAAUCGAAAAACGAUUUGUGAUUUGCGCACAUGAACUAAGAACACUUCGCAAGGCAAGCAUCCUCCAUUGACUCAAGCAAUUAUCGUUUUAAGUACCCCCAAGGAAUUUAUAUGUACGUUGACGCAGUAAUCUAACCAAUCUUAGAACACCCCCCGACCCCACACAAAACCCCCCUCUGAUUAAGUAUUACUUAGCGUUAAGUGAGCUUUAAAUUAAGUUGCAAACUGGCAAGGAUCCCACGACAAAAUGUACUUUACUUAGGACGACGAUCCUCAGAUUCGAUUGCGCGAACUGAGGCCGAAGUAACAAAUUCGCGAGAAGCCGAGAGAUAAGCUCUCGUGUAGAAGGCGUUCGUGGUACACGUAGUUUUUUCUGAUUGUGCUGGACAAGUCAAGGGAAAAGUACUCAAUGUGGGAAUUAAGUGAACUUUUGCCAAGUACGAUCCAGAUGCGAUAAGUAAUUGUAAUGGCGCGCGUUCCUUAUACCAAAGAGCUUAUAAUAACAAGAUGCUUAACGACCAUCAUUUGAAAUGUCAAAUUCAACCGACAAAAAAUUUUAUAGCGUUAUUAAUUUUGUUAUUAUAGGGUCUUUGCUUAUACACUAUUUAAUCGAUAUGGAAAUCAUCAUUACCGCUUCCGCUUAUCCAACAAACAGACAAACCGAUCAAACACAAAUCCAAUUAAACUUAUAUAGUGCAUAGAGAAACGAAUAAUAAAUUACACAAAAAUUUCGUACCUUUGUCGAAUUUGCAGUUCAAAAUUGCUUUACGAGAGUUUUGUCAAUGUAAGUUGUACGGCUUAAAAGUUCACAUACACUUUAGGCAAGAAAUCUAAUUAAUAAAUGGAUACAGAGAAUGAUACAA